AUAUCAGAGUUUCAAUUUUAUCCAGUAAGAACGAAUGUCAAAGUGUUCUUUUUUCUCAAGAAAAUUCUUACCUUUUCGAUCAAAGUCUUUUGCGAAGUGGAUCACCCUGGAAACUCGAAAAACUCAAAUGUAUUUUACAUUAUUUUCGGCGCAUCAUUGAAGAUAUGCCAAAAGGUGUUCUUACUUUUCGACGUUUUGCUCUUCCCGAUAUUUGGAAACCGAAAUGGAUUGAAUCACAAGCACCACUUUGUAAAAUUCAUCUAAGAAAAAAUAUCACUAUCGAAGAUAUGCACGGUCUUUUACAAGUUGACUUUGCAAAUGAAUUCAUCGGUGGUGGUGUGAUGAAUGAAGGCAUUGUUCAAGAAGAAAUACGUUUUACUAUUUGUACCGAAAUGCUUGUUAGUGUACUUAUUUGUGAAGUAAUGUUGCCGAAUGAAUGUAUAUUUUUAAUUGGCUGUGAACAAUAUGUAACAUACAGUGGUUAUGCAACUACAUUCAAAGCUAAAGAUAACUUUAUCGAUAAAACACCCAAAGAUAGCUGGGGUCGAAAAUUGUCUCAUGUCGUAGCUAUGGAUGCAAUUAAUUAUUUGAAUUCUCUCGAUCAGUACAUUAUUGAAAAUAUGAGUCGAGAAUUGAUCAAAGCUUACACAUGCUUUCGUAUUCCGAAAUCAAUGGAAAAAUCUAUGUUCGGCAUUGCUACUGGAAAUUGGGGCUGUGGUGCAUUUAAUGGUGAUAGACAACUUAAAGCAAUCAUACAAUUAAUGGCUGCUUCUGAAGCUGGUCGUCCACUUGUCUAUGUCACAUGGCACGAUCAAUACUUAGUCGAAUGGUUCUGGAAAGUUUACCAAUAUUUGACGAAUCAGCAAGCAACUGUACGAGAUCUUUGCAUUUAUCUUCAACAAUUUUCGAUGCAAUAUAAUCAAUCAACAUUAUUCGAAUUUAUUUUAAAUACACCUCUGUCGUUACUAAGGAAAAGCUAG